AUGCCGGAUAUUCCUAUUGUUGUCUUGGGGGGCGGCGGUGUCGGAAAGAGUUGCCUGACUAUUCAGUACAUUCAGGGUCAUUUCGUUGACAAGUACGACGCCACUAUUGAGGAUGUGUAUCGCAAGCCUAUCGACCUCGAUAACCAACCUGCAGUGCUAACAAUAGUAGAUACGGCGGGACAGGACGCUUUUGGUGCGAUGCGUGACCAGUAUUUGCGCAAAGGGCAGGGUUUUGUCCUUGUGUAUAGCAUUACCGACGCAGAGAGCUUUCAGCAGCUGAAGCGAAUAUAUGCUCAGCUGUGCCGCGUAAAAGGGGGAAAAUCGGUUCCCUGCGUGGUAGUUGGAAACAAAAUUGACGAGGUAAACUACCGGGCUGUAAGCCCGGAGGAAGGCAGCCUGUUUGCGGCGCAGGCGCAGUGCCCUUUUCUUGAGGUGACCGCCAAAAACCGAAGGAUGGCCGAAGAAGUGUUUGAAACGCUCGUGCAUACCAUUCGAAAUGGGGGAAAUGCGUCCGAGCAGAAACAUGCAAACGGUGCGGGGGGAACCUUUCGCACCGAUGCGAGACAGAGUGGAACGGGGCUCCAUGCGAGCGACAACGCGGGCUUGCACCUUGUGGCACCCUCUGCCUUAUCACCGCCUUCGUAUCCAAAAAAAAAAAAGUCGAUGCGUUCUGCUGUGAGUGCGGCCGCCUUGUUAUCGCUCCCGCCGCUGAUGCGAUAA